AUGUCAUCGUCGACGCACCUCGACAUGGGCGCCUCGUACACACCGCCGCCCGCUGUGCCGCACCGCUCGGGCUCGGCGGCGAGCCUGCCGCAGAGCAUGGACACGUAUCAAUCAGCCAGUGCAUGGAUGGACGACACGUACACAGCGAAUCCGAGUCAGCCAUACACGCCGCAGGGCGACAUGUAUGGCUACGUCCCCGAGUCGCCUGGACACAGCGCCAGUGCGUGGGAGAGUUUCGCGGGGGGUACCGGCAUGCCGUCGUUCCAGGCGGGCAACAUGAUGAACGACGCCACGGCGCAGAUGGGCAUGCAGUUUGGGCGCCACGUCGCGCAGGUCGGCGGGGCGUACGUGCAGAAAAACUUCCGUGCACUGCUGCCGAUGCGCAUCAUAAAGCACUACUUCAAGGUAUCCAACUCGUACGUGUUGCAUAAGCUGCGGAUCCUGCUCUUCCCGUGGCGCCACAAGCCGUGGUCGCGCCGUCUGCGCUACUCGACGCCGUACGGCAGCUCAGGCAUCAUGUCGCCGGGACAGGGUCCGUCGACGCUCUCGGCGGGAAUGAGCACGCCGGACCGCCCGCUCUCUGCCGACGGCCGGCGGCCCAGUGCCUCAGGCGAGCCGGUCUCGUACUGCGUGCCGCGGGAGGACGUGAACAGCCCGGAUAUGUAUAUACCCCUGAUGGCCUUUGUCACGUACGUCAUUGCCGCGUCGAUCAUCUACGGGCUGCGCGGCCGCUUCCACCCCGAGGUGCUGGGCUACACGGCAUCGCGGGCCCUUGCGAUCAUCCUUAUCGAGUUUUUUGCCAUCAAACUGGGGUGCUACCUGCUCAACAUCCAGGGCGAUCACACUAUCUUCGACUUGCUCGCUUACGCGGGCUACAAGUUUGUCGGCACGCUUGUCGUGCUGGCGGUCGGUGUGCUGGGCCUGGGCCGCUGGAUCUACUGGCUCACGUUUCUGUACAUGUUUGCCUCGAAUGCAUUCUUCCUGCUUCGCUCGCUCCGCUACGUGGUCCUCCCGGACCCCACGUCACCUAGCAGCGUGACAGUGACGCAGGCUCAACGCACUGCGCGGAUCCAGUUCCUAUUUGGAAUUGCCAUGUCACAAAUGCUCUUUGGCUGGCUACUGAUCGUAGGUGUCUACUAG